AUGGUCAAGCUUCGUGGUUCCAGGUGCAGAUGUGGCAGAGCCCAGCCAUCCUUUGGGAUGCCAGGUGAUGAGAGAGCCGCUUGUUGCUGCAAGUGCAAAGUUGAAGGCAUGGUGGACAUCCGAAGCCCAAGAUGUCAGUGUGGCCAGGCUCGACCAUGCUUUGGCUUCCCCAAUGACGAGCGGCCCUCUUUCUGCAGCAAGUGCAAAGUUGACGGCAUGGUUGACAUCAAGAAUCGCAGAUGCAAGUGUGGCAGAGCUCAGCCCCAAUACGGCUUUGCUGGGGAUUCCCGAGCUUCUUGCUGCAGCCAAUGCAAGGAUGAGCGAAUGACAGUUAUUGUCGGGCGAAGAUGCAGAUGUGGCUCCGCAAGACCUAUUUUCGGCUUUGCCCAUGACGAGCAAUCGUCUUGCUGCGUCAAGUGCAAACUUGACGGCAUGGUGGACAUCAAGAAUCCGCGCUGCAGGUGCGGCAAGGCUCAGCCAUCUUUCGGCUUUGUCAAUGACGCAAAGCCCUCUUGCUGCAGCAAGUGCAAAGCUGAUGGCAUGGCAAACAUCGUGAGCCCAAAGUGCAAGUGCGGCAGGGCCAUUCCUGCCUUCGGUUUUGCUGGGGAUUUACGGCCCACUUGCUGCAGAAAGUGCAAAGAGGAAGGCAUGAUCGACAUCAAAAGUCGCAGGUGCCAGAUUUGCAAAAAGUUUGCUUCUUAUCCAGAUGCGGCUGGUAGGCCAAAGCAGCUUUGCGCAGCCCAUUCUGCCGAAGUGGGAGCCCACAAGUUGUCCUCCCCUGGCCGAUCCCGCAUUGCCAGCGAGUUCUUUGAUGCCCUGGAGACCGAGCUUGGCCGUGAAAUGCCCUUCCGUUACAGAUUCGAUGCGGAGACUGUCACCUGGUCAGGCGAGGAGGUUGCAGGACUGGUGGCAGAUCGCAACCUGCAGCCUGAUGCAUACGACCCAAAAAGCGGCAUAGUGGUCGAAUACCUCGGGAAUUAUUACCAUGGUUUUCCACCGGAGCAUGUGCAGCACGGCAGCUUCACUUGUGUGGGCGGCCGACCUGCAUCCAAGCUGCACGCAGAGACCAUGGCCCGACUGGAUUUGUUCCUGGCAGAGAACCUGAAGGUUUUCUACAUCUGGGAGCACGAAUUCAAGGAGUGGCAGAAGGAGGUCGCCUGCGGCGCUGUUCCAUCCCUUGCCGGGCGUUUGCAUCGGCACGCCGCUGCAGAAAAAGGAUCCAACUGCCGUGCUCGGAUUUGA